AUGGAACUCGUAUCGACUUACGGCGAGACCGAUUUCGCUGCCUUGCAAGCGCGGUCGAGAGUGUCUUCCCUCCUGGAAACUUUCGUCCUUUUCCGGGAGAUCGCCGAUUGUCUGACGAGUUGCGAACAAGAUCGAAAUCUCCGACAGAGCUACCGCUACCUUCAUGUUCAAAUUCUCCUCCUGAACGAGCAGGUCGAGACUUCACACUUUCCGUCCAAGUCAAUCGCCUUGGCCCCGCUGGCCUGGCUACUCCUCAAGCGAUUCACCUCUUUGCUUCGUCCACCGGUCAAGAAUAGUCUACAAUCCCCGGCCGAAGCACUACAGAGGCUGGCGGAUGUACAGGCAGGAUGGGGCCGUUUGACGUCCUGGUCGGAGAAGAUCGCAUACAGCAGAACAAACUUCGCCUGGGAGACCAAACAGUUGUGGGAUGAGGUAGCCUUCUUCCUGGAAGAAUGCGCGGAUGCGCUUGAUGCGCCCGGGCCCGAUGCCGUCGGGGAGUCACGGCCUCCCAUCGCAAGGGUCAAUGUCUCAAUACCCACUUCCGUGCACGUGGAAGCGAACCUGGUCUUCGAUGCGCUCCUAGCCAGUGCCCAGGCGUGUCACUGCCUGCCGUGCCACACCUAUACCGCGCGACUGCGGCUGGCGACUUACCGCAGCCGGCGGCCGUUGGAGCAGAAAUGUGUGUUUAGCCUCAUGCUUAGCCCGAAUGAAUCGUACUGGCAAGAGGUAGUGAUUCAAGCCGCGAUACCGGAAAAGACCUCAAAGGUACGCAUUGCGGUCAAGGAAAGCACACCGAGGAAGAGGCGGGGGGAGACCUCCAUUCUAAUCAACAAGCUAUGCGACCAUGUUAGCCCCCAGCACUUCCGCCGCUGUCUCAACAUGGAAGUGGAGAAUGGGAAACUCCGGAAGUUCAAAUCCGCAGACAGCCAGAUGCAGCUGAAGACUAUCCCAGUCCGUCUCGAGCGAAUUCUGGAAGCCCACCCGAAGAGCUUGGGAGAUAGAAUCAAACGGGUGUUAGCGGUCCUGCUGGGGCAUUGCGUCCUGCAUCUGUAUGGAACCCCUUGGCUGCGACCGGGUUCAUUCAAUUCGUCCAAUAUCAUCUUCCUUGGCACCUCCGCCUCCGUGCCUUUGCAGCCCUUCAUCCAUUCCAGGGUCUGGGCACGUUUUCAUGGUGAUGAUCAGUCGGACGAUGAGGAGUGUCGCGACCCUGAUGACCUCCCAUUGCAUCCACGUCCCGGCCUCGUCAUGUUGGCGAUCCUGCUCAUUGAGAUAUACCAGGCAACCUCGAUACGUUCUUUGGUCCGCUCCUAUGGCGCCGGCUGGGAAUCAUUGGAGCUGCUGGACGAAAAUUCUCGUUUUCAUAUCGCGCGAGAGGCUUUUAGAAAGUGUAGCCCUAGUUUCUCUGAUAAUUACCGCAUCGCGGUGGCCCGCUGUCUAGAUGUCCAGUUCGGAAUCGACGACAAGGACAACGAAUUGGAAGAUCACGACUUCAAAGGGCUUAUCUAUAUGGAGAUUGUGCAGCGUCUCGAGGCCGAGCUUAGGCAAGGGUUCAGUGAUAUGUCUCUUGAUCACUUGGAUGACAUCGCGCCGAAGAUGGAUCUUAACAGCUUGGAAACAAUCAGGCUCCCCGACUCGAAUGAAUUUGAGGUAGACCUGUUGCAGCCAGCGGUUGUCACCGCUGGAUCACGAUCCUCAGCCCCAGCGCGAGAGCUUUCGAUCCCCGGAUCGAUGCCUCCACAACUCAACCAGUUUGAUACCCGCGUUUCCCAUUAUUCAUCACCCGAACCCGUCCAGCGGAGCAGAUCUGUUCCCAUCCCACGAACUCAAUCCCCAAAAAGGUUCGCAUGUGGCGAUUACACGGUGGGGUGGAUCUCUGCGCUCGACAAAGAGAUGGCGACCGCGCAAGCAAUGCUGGAUGAAGAACAUGGCCUUCCGCACGACUACCGCUUCGACAACAACACCUAUACCCUCGGAUGCAUCGGCACGCACAAUGUCGUCCUCACGUGUCUGCCGGAUGGAAUCAUGGGCACGACGGCCGCCGCCAUCAUCGCUCAGCGGAUGUGCCAAACGUUUCCCCACAUUCGCAUCGGACUCAUGGUGGGCAUCGGAGGCGCGGCACCCAGCGUCACGCAUGAUAUUCGACUGGGGGACGUGAUCGUCGGGACCCCGCACCAUGGGCAGUCAGGCGUAAUUCAGUACGACUUUGGCAAGCGCACCGAGGCGGGCCGGAUUCACAUUGUCUCGGCGCUGAAUCGACCGCCGGAUGCUCUUCUGACUGCGGUCAACAGCCUCAAAUCCAAACAUCUCCUCUACGGCCCUGGCUUGACCCGGUACCUCGAUGCAAUGGUCCAUCGCUACCCGCUUCUGCAGGCCGAGUUCGCGUACCCUGGCGCCGGGCAUGAUCACCUCUACCAAUCGGACUAUGGCCACCGCAGUCCCGCCGGAUCAUGCUCAACGUGUGACCCAGCACGCAUCGUGUCCCGAGCCCCGCGCGCCACCACGGCACCCAUGGUCCAUUACGGGCUGAUCGCCUCGGGCAACCAGGUCAUGAAGCAUGGGCCGACCCGCGACCGGAUGCAGGCGGAACUGGGCAUCCUCUGCUUCGAGAUGGAAGCGGCGGGCUUGGUGGAUAGUUUCCCGUGCCUAGUCAUCCGGGGGGUUAGCGACUAUGCUGAUUCGCAUAAGAAUGACCGCUGGCAGGGGUACGCGGCAGCGGUGGCCUCGGCUUAUGCGAAGGAACUCCUGGUCUCAAUGUCUGGAAUCUCUCACUCCAGAGACGGUACAGGAUGGACCGAUCCAUGA